GCUUACUUCAAGCAGGAAGCUCUUUACAAGACGCACCUCCAACCUCGCCUGGGAAUUAUCUGAUACUCGUUGUCACACUUUGUUUACCCAGCAGGUCAAGUCUUUCUCUUGCUUUUGAGUCACCAUUGCCUCUCAACUAUACAGUUGCUUGUGUUUCACUCCCACGAGAAUAUCUAACACUCCAUGAUGGCGUCGCCUACAGGAGGGAGAUUCGAAAAUUUUCAAGAGCCUGAAUGUCGCCUGGUCGUAGUUGGACGAACCGGAAGUGGCAAAAGCUCUGUCGUCAACAUCCUGUUAGACGAAAAAUUGUCACCAACUAAAAUGUCUUUUGAAUCCGUGACCACGAAAGUAAAGCUUUACAGUCGCAGGCGCUUUCAAAAGGAAAUCCGAGUGGUGGACACUCCAGGACUGUUUGAUUCACGCCCCAACAUGACCAACGAAAAAGUGAAGAUGAUGCUGGCGACUACCGGCCUGCUGCUGGCCCCUGGACCUCACGCCUUCCUGCUGACCAUUAGGCUCGACCAGCGACUGACCGAGGAUGAGAAAGCUGUCUUCAGUCAUUUGGUAGACAUCUUCGGCAACGAUUACCUCAACUACACCAUCGUCGUCUUCACCCACGGCGACGAGCUGAGAAAAAGAAAAAUUAAUAUAGAAGAUUUUGUGAAGCAUGCACCAACUGAGCUCCCGAAUCUGCUUACCAAGGUCUCUCAUCGAUAUGUGGUCUUUGACAACACCAAGAAAGGAAACAGUGCGAAAAUUCUCUUCGACAUGGUUGAGGGUAUGGUUCGGAGAGACCAGGCCUUGUAUUAUAUAAAUCAAUUCUUCUUUGAUGCGGAGACUGUGAUCUCAGAGGCAGACGAGGAAGUAGAACAUAACUACCGUCCUGAAACACUCAGAGAAAAAGCCCGUGAAGCAAUGACCGGAAGUGAGCUCGUACACGUCAUCAACAACAUUAAAAGAUCAGUAUCAGCUGAAAGCUUAUCAGAAGAGAUAAAUCACGAAGUGAAGGAAGCAGGAAAGAAGAAGGACGACAGAGAACUGGUCAGCCUAUUGUUUCGAAUGAUCCGCGCUUUGUCCAGACGAGAGGUGAACGAUGGUAAAAGGCAGUCAGCAAUUCAAAGCAUGAUGGUCUCGUCCUAUAUGGUGACCCUAGUGCCUCUUCUAGAAGUGGUGGACACACCAGGACUGUUUGAUUCACGCCCCAACAUGACCAACGAAAAAGUGAAGAUGAUGCUGGCGACUACCGGCCUGCUGCUGGCCCCUGGACCUCACGCCUUCCUGUUGACCAUUCAGCUCGGCCAGCGACUGACCGAGGAGGAGAAAGCUGUCUUCAGUCAUUUGGUUGACAUCUUCGGCAACGAUUUCCUCAACUACACCAUCGUCGUCUUCACCCACGGCGACGAGCUGAGAAAAACUAAAACUAAUAUAGAAGAUUUUGUGAAGCAUGCACCAACUGAGCUCGCGAAUCUGCUCAGUCAGGUCUUUCAUCGAUAUGUGGUCUUUGACAACACCAAAAAAGGAAACAGUGCGAAAACUCUCUUCGACAUGGUCGAGGGUAUGGUUCGAAGAGACCAGGCCAUGUAUUAUAUAAAUCAAUUCUUCUCUGAUGCGGAGACUGUGAUCUCACAAGUAGACGAAGAAGUAGAACAUAACUACCGUCCUGAAACACUCAGAGAAAAAGCCCGUGAAGCAAUGACCGGAAGUGAGCUCGUACAGGUCAUCAACAACAUUAAAAGAUCAGCAUCAGCUGCAAGCUUAUCAAAAGAGAUAGACCACGAAGUGAAGGAGGCAGGAAAGAAGAAGGACGACAGAGAACUGGUCAGCGUAUUGGUUCGAAUGAUCCGCACUUUGUCCAGACGAGAGGUUAACGAGGGAAAAUUCGAAAACUUUCAAGACGCAGAAUGCCGUCUGGUUGUCGUUGGACGUACCGGAAGUGGUAAAAGCUCGGUAGUGAACACUUUGCUAGGUGUUGACAAGUGUGAAGUAAGCAUGUUUGCAGAGUCAACAACGAGUGAAGUCACACUAUACCCAAUACAACGCUAUGGAAAAUUUUUGCGAGUGGUGGACACCCCAGGCCCCUUCGACUCCCGGCCCACAAUGACAAAUAAAGAGGUGAUGGAAAGGCUAGCCAAAGUGGCCCUGGUACUGUCCCCCGGGCCUCACGCCUUCCUGCUGACUUUGCAGAUCGGCCACCGGAUGACCGACGAGGAGAAGGCCGUCCUCAAGCAUCUAAAGGACGUCUUCGGUGAUCUUUACCUCAAGCACACCAUCAUCGUCUUCACUCGAGGCGACGAGCUUAAGGCCAAGAAAGUGACGAUAGACGCUUACAUAGAGAAGGCCCCAGCUGACCUCAAGACACUGCUUCAGGAUGCUUGUCAGCGCUAUGUGGUGUUCGACAACAUCGACAAGGGAGGCUGUGCUAAAGGUCUUUUGGAUCUGGUGGACAAGAUGGCCAGACACGGUGCUUCUCGAUUCUAUAGUUCCGCUCUUUUUAAAGAUGCCGAGAAAGUUCUGGCGAGAUCCGAACGCGAAGAGGUCGGCAAGCUGACAGGAGAGCGACAAGUGUCGGACCUCAACAGAAACGAAGUUGCAACAAUGAUCAAGAGCAUCAGAGCCUCAAGAGUAAGCCUCAAAGAUGAAGAACCGGAACCCUCCGCAAGAGACCUAAACGCGUUAACCUCUUUUUUAAUGAGGUUGAUCGGCAUCGUCAUCAGGAGUGAUGUGUCAGAGGGCAAACAAACGGGUGCAAUAGAAAGAAUGAUGGCCUCCCCUUCGAUGGUGGGUAUGCUACCGCUUCGACCACCAGAGAGAAGAAAUGAAGACAUCAAAAACGCCUGAAACAAAACAAAAGGAGGGCGAGUAGGUGCACAUUGUCUUUGAGUGUUUCAUGGGUUGGUUUUUUUUCGUGUUUGUAUAGUUAAAUAUGCCUGCUACGCAUUGAACAAGACAUGUUCAGCAGAAAGCUCUAUGACUGCUUUUCGAAGACUACAUUCCCUAUUUACCCAGAUGAAGCAAAUUUGGAAAAGUGCAUCCUACCAGUAUUAAAGGCAAAGACGACAAGAAGGAGAUCAUUGCCGAUGAAACAACUUCUGAGACACACAGACUUCACUUCACAUGGUUCGCCGUUGAACAUUUCUUCACCAAGAUUUGUAGGAGAUUUCAAAAUACCUCCUUUAGGGAGAAGUUUGAGGUGCCCAUAAGUAGAUUAGAUAUAGUUUAUAUAUAUAUAUUUGAUGGUGUAUUUAUGCAUAUAAAAACAUCUGUCAAAAUUAAGACAUAAAAUGUAUGUUAUCGCUAUAAGUUGUAUAUACUGUUUCAUCACUGACAUCAUUAACAUCUAUUGGUCUUCAAGAUCGACAUUGUGGGCCCUACCCUCACCCUCUUCCCGGGAUCGUAGCUACGAAGCGAGAGUAAGAAUGGCAAAAUGGGGAACGCAAGGAAAAGCGUCUUGUUUCCAAAGAUAUAAAGCAAUGUCCAGACCCUGAGGGCACCACUUCGUGUUACUUUACCCCAGGACACCUUUGUUACACCUUGAUAACUAUAGUUCCAAAACAACAUCCACCACUUUAAAAUUUUGGAAACAAGACGCUUGUUAGUGAGUUCUCUAUGUUGCCGAGGGCCAAAGACUUGUUCUCGCUUCAUAACUACCGCCACUGAUGAAUUCUAACCUUGAUUUCAACGAUUCAACUGUCCCGUUCUCGAACGUUUCUUCUUGUCUAAGCUGACAAAGACAGUAAGUCUUGACCAGCUCAGUGACCACCUUACACGCCACUGUGUUCUGUCUGUAUGUCAACUUACCUACCGUCUCUAUCACGGUAAAGAGACAGCGCUCCUUCAUCUGACCUCUGACCUCAACGCCACUGACAACGGUCAUGCGUUGGCGCCUGUUAUUCUUGAUCUGUCCCUCGCGUUUGAUAGGGUCGACCAUGACAUAUUGUUAGCCAACUCCGCCACACCUUCGCAUCUAAAACACAGACCUUUUAUCGUCCAUAGUUAUCUCCCUGAACAGUUUGAGAUCAUCGUCAUCGCUUUCCAAUCCUCCCAGCCUUUUCUAGUCCUCUAUGGAGUUCUCUGAUGUCCAUCCUCUACGCCCUCAACACGUAGCCCCUGUCACUAGUUAUCGAGCCCCAUGACCUCAAUUAUCUCCCCAUCGCAGACGACACGCAGUUAUACAAUUGUUAUCUACUGACUGAAACUGUCGACCUUCUGUCCUUUAUCAACACCUGUUAGUCCGGCAUUCAGAGCUGGAUGACAGAAAACAAAGUUAAACCUUGACCAGACAGAUGGCCUACUCAUCGGCAUUAUAUUGCGACUUUUUGCCGUCUUCUCUAUCAGUCUCCAACUGUCAGAUGCCACGGUUCACCUCUCAUCCAGAGUCAAGAGUCUGGGUGCAUACUGGACUCCACUCUGUAGCCCAACAUGGAAUCUUUUGUCAAAACGGUUUUCCCCACUUUCCCACAAGUCCAGAAUGCCGCCUCUAGCCUGGUGCUCCGGGAAAAAAAUGUCAGAUCACACAACAGCCAUGAUUCUUCAUUUCAUUGCUCCCAAUCACUUACUGUCAUGUAUUACUUACAAAAUGUAAGCCUUUGCUUCAAAUGUCUCAAACACUUCGCUCCUGAUUUUUUUCUGCCUCAUCAUCUAGACUUCAUUCAGCAUUUUGGUUCCAUUUCCCCCGCGCAGAACUCUAGCUGGUUCAUGUGCUUGGGAUUGUCUCCCCUUGUCCUUAACAUAUUCGAUAAUUUCAAGAAGCAGUUCAAAAGUUAUCUCUUUGAAAGUCUUGCUAUUUGUUAGCUGCUCCCCUUAACAGAAACUCAAACUGUUUUAUAGGCUAUUUAAGUCUCAUAGUAUUAUUAUUUUUAUAUUAACAGCUCUUCGAUUUGCGCCGAUGAUAAUGUUACAAACAAUGAACUCUAAACUGUUGAGGUUAUUAGAAAGAGGACUUGAAAGUUCUUUAGUUUAUAUUGAUGGUAGUUUGCCACAUGUUCAGUUUAUAAUGUGACACCAGCUGAUUUGUGUAUAACAAGGGCUAACCAUGUUCUGGUUUUUUCUUAUGUUCAUUUUUUUUUUUCAUUACAGUUGUGGGAAUGUCAGACUGAUGGUUGUUUGAGAUUAAUUCAAUUGAUAUUGAUAAGAAUUUUACAGCUGUUUGGUUUUAAAUAUUUACUGUUUGACAAGUUUUGACAUUACUUGUCAGUCUCUAAAAAUUUUAGCCUUUUGUCACCAAAAUAGGCAGAGUUAUCACACUUCCACUCUACCCGUGUGCAAACUUAAAACAGUUUAGUCAGAGUCACUUUAUAGACAAACUUGUUAAAGAAGAUUUCUUCAUCGAAUAAUAAAGGACUAUCCCAUGAAACACUUGACUAUAAAGUAAACGAUGACAGUUACAGACAUAAAAGGUUACUCAUGAACAUUAUUGUACCAUAAAAUAGUAAAUGUAUGCUUGGUCUCUCAAAUAAACUUCAACCGUGGGUAAGGAUGUAGAUGCUGUGGUGUCAGGCUGACACGCAUUGAAGUGACCGACUUAAACACAACCCAACAUUUUUCCAAGCAUAUAUUUCAGGGGAAAAUAAUGAUGAUAAUGUCUUGGCUAAUCAUUCCAGCUGUACCGAGUAAUUGCCAAUAAUUAUCACAAAUAAUGGAAUAAUUAUUUGAAGACUGGCCGACUUGUGUGAUCAUGGCUGUAGAAUGUGCUCGACCUUUGCAGGAGUUUCCGUUGCUAGAGAUUCCUGAGUGAUUUUGGAAUUACUGCAUUACUGCAGCAUUCACUAGUUGGGGAUGGAAAUUGUAACUUUAUUUGCUGCUACUCCCUGGUACGGUAAACUGAUUUGUUAAAAAGCUUUCAUUUUUUUAGAAAAAAAGACGAUUACACAUUGGAAAUCAACAACAAGAACGAGAUGUUGAUUCUGAAAAAAAAAAAAAAAGAGGGAGAAAAAGAGAAGGGAAGCUAUAUUUAAAAAUAUCUUUAUAGUUAUGGUCAGUAUUACCAUAAUAAACUUCUCUCUACUGCAGAGCAUUUAUGUACACUUUAUUCUUAUUGUAUAAAUAAUUAGGUAUGCAUGUCAUCAUACACAGUAGAAAUAUUCGUGUGUGAUUUUUUUUAUAGAAAUAUCUUUAUUUUCUUUCUUGUAAAUAAUAAAUGUUUCAGUAAAACAAACGUUCGAAAAACC